AUGCGCUCAUCCUCGGAUGCCUUGCGGCACCUUCUACUUAAGAUCUCAAGGGAACGCGCCAACCGCAAUGCUCCUCCUCCAUACUCGUCCGUUCCACCCCCCGCCGCCAUGAGUGAAAUGUCUAUGGCCACCGAGUACCGUGACAUCCGCCGGUCGGACGAGGAUGGGGAGCCCGCCCCCAUCACCAUCACCUUGGACACCGCCAUCAUCAUCAACGGCAACCGCAACACGGUGGUGCUGCCGUCCGGAGCUGGUUCUCCGACGAUGCCCACCAGCAGCCAUGCCGACGACACCACGACCCCGACCACCACCGCUUCCUCCGCCUCUUCCUCCUCCUCUUCUUCUUCCUCCCCGCGGCCGGCGCAGAGCCUGCGCCAGGCCAAGCUCACCCAUAUGGCGAUCCUCAUCAUCGCCGCGCUGAACCAGGCCGGUGGUCUCAGCGCUGAUGGGGGUCGCGGCCGACCAAUUUCCAUUGUCGUCAAUGCUGGCGUUCGGGUCUCCGGAAACGACAAUGUCAUUACCAUGGGCAGCUCGACGCCCCGCCGCCAGGCCUUCAAGGCCCCCGAACAGCCUCCUGUUCCGAAGGAGGCUCGCAAGCGCCGGGCUAGUUCGACGCCGGCGAUACAGCUGAAGGGAGAUGGAAAUUGA